AUGGCGGACUUGAACAACCCUGAGCGAACCUCGAGGUCGCGACGCGCUGUCCAGAAUGUACCCGACAAUCCUGAGAUCUCGGCCUUGCCCAGAUCGGCAUCAGCAUCGGAAUUGGCAUCAGCAUCAGCAUCGACGCAGUCUCUUUCAUCCUACCUUGCCACACCUCCAGCCUUCCCCCGUACUCUGCAAGAGCCAAGUCCUCGUCGACUGCACUCAGGGCCGGUGAAAGUGAGAUUGAUCUCAGGUUCAAAUCUCCAGGAGACGCAUGUCCAAGCCGAACAAUCCUCGACGGCAAAGCCAAAACACCAAGCAGCGUCUACCAGUCAGCAGAAGCUUCAUGACCUGCCGUUGACGCCGGAACGAAAGAGAACACUCUCUAAUAGUAUGCCACCGCCAGCAACGCCGGCCAGUGCUUCCAGACCUCAGCCAACCCCGCUGACACCCGUCACGCCGUCGCCAAAGAUGCUGCCCAGCAUGCUGCCACCGGCCACGCCGGUCAAGGCCAUGAGACGUCUUGGACUGGGUGGACAGAAUGGAGAGGAGUCUGCCAGCGACAGUUUCUCCAGUCCCAUCGUCAGAGGUAUACCGCUUUCAGAGAUGCAGGCACCAUUUGCGCCCAUCACGAAUCCUGAACCUGAACCCGAGAAAUUCCAAGUCGGUCAACACGUUUAUCUGCUCGACAGCCGUGGGAACAGUGUUCUCUGUUCGGAUACCAUCAGCCCGGCGAUCAUGCACAUGUCGCAGCUAUGCACUGCCGAACCCAACUCGGUCGGAAAAUACCCAAACCCUCACCAGUUCGACGCGCCCAACGUCUUCAUUAUCGAACGACGCCUCAGAUGGAUUUCAGCAGAUGGCCAGCCUCAGGCUCCAGGCGGCGCGAAAAUCGUGUACAAACUGAUCCCCAAGGAGGGCAAUGGGCGAGAGAGGAUGGUUCCAGUGCGCGAUCUGAUUGUGGAAGUGCGCUUCAUACCUGGUGAUUGGGCAUUUUACCUUAGGGUGGAUGAAGAAGGGAACAAGACAAGAUUGGAGGCAUUGGUGCAGGGGUCCGAAGUGGUCCAGCACAAGAGGACCUACACAAUUCACCUGGCAGUGGCGGGGACUGUGGUGUACCGAGUCCAAGAUGAAGACUUGGAGGAGUACACCCACACCAAUUUCACCGGGCUGCAGUUGGGUUGA